AUGGAAAACUUCUCUAGUGAUGCUCGCGCGCAAUUCCCGUCGCAUCAUGAGCCCCGAGUAUGGUUGAUCACCGCGGGGGACUCGCCGAUCGGUCUCUCUGUCGCACGGCAAGUCCUCGCACAUGGAGACUAUGCGUUCCUCGGUCUGGCACAUACAGCUUUAGAGCGCGAUGAGCGUCGCCGCAUGGAAUUUGAUGCCUUUCUCGCCGAGGUAGCAGGACAUCAUGCUGAUGGGUGGGCACAACGCAUGAAGACCGUUCCGCUAGAUAUCCGAAUGAUGGGAGAAUGCCAAGCUGUCAUGGCAGAUGCAGUUGCAACAUUCGGAAGGGUUGAUAUACUUCUUUCCUGCACAAGUCAAACCCUCAUUGGCACAGUUGAAGAACUCGCUGCUUCAACUCAGACGCAGAACCUUGUGCGCGAUCAAUUCGAAAUCAACUACUUCGGUCCUCUGAACAUCAUCAAGGCCGCGCUUCCACACAUGCGAAAAGAGCGAUCGGGUCAUGUCAUGAUCAUAUCAGGAAUCACGGCGCAUAUUGGUACACCUGGACUAGGAAUGUAUUGCGCAGCAGGCUGGGCCCUCGAAGGAUUCUGCGACAGUCUGGCGUACGAAAUAGCACCAUUCAACGUCAAACUCACUAUUUUCCAAUGCAGCAUCGAGAUCGGCAUUCUCACCAAUCUAGUCACCAGCGUCCCUCCAAUCUUUCCCGCCUAUUCACCCGCCAACAACCAAGCUCCUCUCUUCCGCGGUAUUCUGAAUCAUCUGAUCCCUCAACUUCCUGACGCCGCUGCGGCAAAUGCUAGCCCAGCUACUCCCAGCAAAGUGCAUGAUGAAAGUAGCCGAGUGAGCUCCAUUGAGAACGGCCCAUUCUCUGCGCCGGAGGUCGUCUCCAUGCAUCCACCUUUGAGCUCCGCGCAUCUCGAAGUACUAGUUGAGGAAACAGUAUAUGCCAUUACUUCCAUCGGUGGGCAUGAGAAUCCUCCAUCUCGUCAUAUCGUCGGGCAGGAAGGUGUUGCUAGUGUGAAGGAAAAGCUCAAGACUGUGAGUGAAGAGCUCGAGGAUUUCAUCCAGGCUAGCUUUGCUGUCGAUGUAGCUGCGGAUUCAGAUCCGAUGCCUCCCAUGUCUGAGAUGCAUGGAGGUUUCUAG